AUGAGCUUUGCCAUGCUGGAGAUUGCGACGGCGAAGACAGGCAGUCGAUUGUCUGUCUUGGCCCUCCUGUUCACGGCUGCUCUCUCAUCGUCAUCUCAUUCUCACCUCAACCCACGACUCGACCACCUUCCUCUCGGACUACCCGACCUGCCUCCUGGCCUCUUCAUAACGUACACCGGCGUACUGUCCGGCUCACUCCAGCUCAACUCGUCCAACUUCCCCUUCGACGCGACAAAAUGCGCCGCCGGGAGCGGGACCUACUUCUUCGCCGACACGGCCAAUUCGACCGUGAGGGUCGGUGUCAACCCGCCAUCCAUCGAUCCCAACCCCAUGUUCUUCAUGAUCCAGCAAGGCGAGCCAGCGCUCCUCCCGCCGGUCCCUGAGCCAGGGACAGAAAUACCGACUCCGACAACACCUCCUCUCGGACCAGACAGCACAACACCGUUGGAGCCUAGUGCCCCGUCCUUCACCUUCGCCAACCCAACCGUGCAACCCGUCCCGAUAUUCUCAUCGCGGCCAAGGGCGUUGCUCGCAGCACCCGGCGGUCUGGACGUCAGCCAAGCCAUGUCAGGUCCCCUUCUCCCGCCCAGCACCACUGGGUCCGGAGGCAUCCAGAACCUCCUCUUCGCCUCCAUAUACACCAUCUGCACGCGGGACUCCCGGCCCUGCGGCAUGGUCCGCACAACAGACCAAGGCACAGCAACAUACAACACCCUGGAGAUGCUGAACCUCACGGGCCCGGACCUCCUGAGCACCACCGCAUCGUUCGACGACGACAGCGGGCCCUCUUACACCCUGCGCGGCGACCAGUCGACCUGGGCAAGCAACGACACCAUCGACUGGUCCGGGCUGGAGUUCUUCCCGCCGUCCAACUACACCGCGGAGCCUGAAGCGUGCACCGCGUACCGCUACCCGCCUCUGGUCUGGAACGCCACCACCCCCUUCACGUACGCCCUGCGCUUCGCCAACGCCUCGGCCACGCUCUCGCUCGUCCUCGCCGCGCCGCUGGGGACGGUGACGCUCGAGUUUGCGGGCGCGCGCGCCGCGGGUCUGGACGGCGCGGAUGUGCUCCAGGUCGGCCGCGGGGCUGGGGGCGCGCCGAGGUGGUCGUUUAUCAACGGGACGGGGUUUCACUUUGAUGGGGUCACGGCCGUGACGAACGAUUCUGUUGAGGGUGGUGGGCUGUUCAGUGGGGAGGACGGGCUGGGGAGCGGUGCUGCGGGCGUGGGUACGUGGGCUGGCUGGGGCGGCGGUGUUGCUCUUGCUGCCUUUUUUGCUGCGCUGUUGCUGUGA